AUGCCUUCAUUGUCGUCUGCUACAGAAUUGGAUGGGAAGGAGAUGGAAAACGAUGGGAUGUAUCGGAAGACUGAGGGUCUUGCGUCAAUAGAUGAACAGGAGGAUAAGGACGAUGAAAGCGAUGUGGAACAUGAGGUGUGGUUUGACCGUCACAUCCACGCCACUCCCAACGCGAAUAUUCUAUUUUUUGGCGAGGAUGAGGAUGAGGAUGCGUUAGCCUACCGCAUGCAUCGGCAAGAUUAUUACGCUCGAAAACUUAAAAUCGACAUUCGUGGGGACUCGGAGCGAACCUCCAAGGCCUUUGUGGAAGCGGCUCUGUUGCCCAUUUGCAGGCAAUACGUUAAGACUCUCCAGUGGGUGCUGAGCUACUACUUCAAAAGUGUGGCGGAUUGGAGUUAUUAUUACCCGUACCACUACGCACCAUUCGCUUCCGAUCUCCUAAUUUUCACUAAACGUUUCGCCAAGGACGGUGUGGAGCACAACAAACUGACCGACUGGGCCGACUUCACGCCCAAUACGAAGCCAAUGUUGCCCUUUGAACAGCAGAUGUUUAUCAUGCCAGCUAUGAGUGCUAACAUCGUACCGCAGCCCUACCGAUGGCUGCUAGCUCCUUCGGGCAGUCCGGUGUCUGAGUUUUUCCCCAAGGACUUCGAGACUGACAUCAAUGGGAAGUUAGCUGAUUGGGAAGCUGUGGUAUUAAUCCCCUUUAUUGAUGAGACGAAGAUGCUGGCUGCAAUGGCACCCUGCACGAAGACGCUGUCACCGGAAGACUCUAAAAGGAAUGUGCACCGGGGUCACUUCGUGCUGCGAGCGAAAGACAGGGAGAAAGUUGACUACCCCGCCACUUUCGGGUCCCUCGUCUCCGAAGAGAUUGACUGCGGAUUCUUCCACACCCAAAUCCUUCGAGCUCCACAACAGUACCUCCAGGUCUGCUAUCAGAUGCCCCGCCAUGUGGAUCUUGGUUUUCCCAGUCUUUAUCGGAUACCUUUCACCUACAAAAUCACACGUGUAGGUGUUCGGACCUUUUCAUUUCCGAGCAAGGGCGAGAGUGUCUCACUGACCGUUGAGCAUCCAUUGGGGCGCAGUACGUCUGAUCCUGGAUCUUUAAAGAUCGUGGCCAAUAGCUAUCUAGGACAAGCCAUUCUCACCGGCUGGCCGUACUCCCGUCUUGUUGUACCCUUCGCCGUGAUGGACGAAAAUGAAAUUUGGGAGGUGGAUAUGAAAGCUAGCACAAGCAGCCAAAGCUCGGAGGAGACAAUGCGGGUGGUAGAGCGAACUUCGCGCCGAAAGUAUGCGGAGGCACCUUUUUGGAUGUCGGUGCGUUGGCUGCGCUUGCAGGCUGAGUGGAGCGUUUCGCGUCUGCGCGAUUCCUGCGCCAUCACCCUCGCCAGCGAACAGCCUCGCGCUGCUCUCCUCUGCCUCUCUGCCACUGACUGCCUUUUCUCUGUCGUGCGACCCUUCGCACAUCAGCCUGCGUCCGCUGUGUACACAUGCGACGCCUCUGAUGAACAAAACCAUGGAGUCCAGAGCAAUCCGCCGGCGCCGCAUGCCACCACGGGUGAACAAACAGUCACUUUGCUCCGACGCUAA